CGCGGUGCAGAUUUAAAAGUAAAAUUAAUCUCUUGUCAACACAUUUAGGACUGGGGCCAGUCGAAAAGACGUGAUUUCUGAACCGAGAGCGAUGCACACAGGUGCUGUUAAACCAAAACCGGAACUUUCUGCAAUCAAGAGCUUAGGAUACAUCCAACAACAUCAUGUCGACCGUCUCACAGAUGCCUCAUGGACCUUGUGAUCCGGUUUCUGCAAGACUGUGACAGGAUUGUCCUGCCCCAUAACCGACGCUGCUCAACCUUAAAACAGACCGUGACGUUGAGCAACAUUUCCCGAGAUUAUGCUGAGCAUCCUUGCAGCUGGCUCCAUAUUCUUCCCCGGCCUUUUCCUGCUGUCUAAGCGAAUCCUUAAACAUGGUCCUGGGCUCAAAUGGAGCGAGAAGGAUGCUGUCAUUGUCUCGUCCAGGCUGGUGUCCUCCAUUCAAGCCAUUAUGGCAUCCUCUGCCGGAUACAUCAUCGCCCGUUCUUGUGAAGACAUCAUUGAGGACCAACAUUGGCUUACCAGCAGCUAUAUCCUUUUUGCGGUCCCCUACUUCAUCUAUGACAUCUAUGCCAUGUUCUUGUGCCACUGGUACAAACUUCAGGUCAAAGAUCACGAGGAGGAUAGGCAGGCCAAACCGAUGAGGUCAGCCAUCAUCGGCUAUCUGCGCAGAGAGUUCCUAAUGGUCUUGCACCAUGUCGUCAUGGUUACUGUCUGUUUCCCUGUCUCUGUGUUCUGGAGACAGGGCAAAGGGGAUUAUUUCCAGGGUGUGAUGUUCCUGGCAGAACUCAGCACCCCAUCUGUCUGUCUGGGAAAAAUACUCAUCCAGUACAAGCAACAGCACACUCUCCUACAUAAAGUCAAUGGAGCUCUUAUGCUGGUCACUUUCUUCAUCUGCAGAGUUCUUCUCUUCCCCUACCUCUACUACGCAUACGGCAGGUACGCAUCCAUCCCCUUCUACAUGGUACCCCUGUCCGUGCCCUGGCAGUAUAACGCAGGUGCAGCUAUGCUCAUGGCCCCGCAGGUUUACUGGUUUUCCCUCAUCUGCAGGGGUGCCUUUCGUCUCUUCACCAGAGCCUCACGGCACAAAGCAGCUGUUAGCAGCACUGACUCUGAGCCGAAAACCUCACUCCUGCCCUCUGCCAAUGGAUACAGCCCAAGAGAGGCUGACUCGCACUGAGAGAGGGGUAGAAAUAGAGAUGUAGUUGCAGGGUUUAUAGGUUUAGGCCAAAUAGGAAACCGAAGGCAGAUUGACUGAGUUCAAUGGGUGGAUCUUUUGUGACCCUGCAGAAACACUGAAGCUGUGUAACCUCUAUAUUCACAACAAUCCUCUCUUUGAGAUGAAAAAUAAGACUUCAGACCAAACCAAACAGAUAUUUUCUUUUCUAUAACAUGCUAGUCUCUGUGUCAGAGCAUUAGGUUGGGGAAAUGUCUGCUUUGAAGGGUUAGUGCAUAAUUUGUUGAGUACCAUGGUCAUAAGCUUCAGAAAAAGGUACUGAUGUGGACGAAGCAGGAACAGUAUUUAAAAUGAGUGAUGGAUGGAAGGAUUGAAAGAGACCUCCCGUUCUCCUCUCUUGAGUAUCUAUGUCUCUUUGUUACAUUUGCAUAGAGGAUACAAAAAAAGGAAACUGAGUUUUCUCUGUCAAUGUGUACAUACGAUUUUAUCAUUUACAUUGAAUUCCAAAUAGAUUUUGAAUUUUUUUUUAGGUUUUUGUUGAAUCUGUUCGUUAUUCAUUUAGUUCUAUUCCUCAUUAAGGGCGGAUACGUUUAAAGUAAAGCGGCUCACUACUAAAAGUUUUUCGAUUCAAACAACCCCUCAGAUGCAUAGCCCAUUGCCAGUUAUCUUUCUGUUUUCCACUAUGCUGGUUCUCAUUACAGCUGAAAACAAGAUGGCAGCGGCUGCAUCCAGUUAGUGAAUCAGCAGUUAUAAAGAAGGGGGGUCAUUUAAAGGAUUUGGAUGAGGCUGAGCUAAUGCAUUAGCAUAUCUCUGCUGCAGUACUCCAAUCCUUUUAAGAUCCAGAUGUCAGACAGAGGGACCGAACUGGCCAUUAAAAGGCUGCACUUGAAAACCAGGCUGAAGUUGGCAAGGCACUUGGACGAACCUGAGCCAAUCGAUUUGUACUUUUCGUACAGUUUUAUGAGGGGGUUAGACUGCCAGCAAAAUGUCCUUCGCCAACCUUUUAGUAGAUCCAUGCCACAAUAUGAAGUCUAUACUACCACUGACUGUAAUCUGCACAUUAAAUGUGUAACCGCUGUUCUUUCUCCACUCUGACAAGAUGUUUAUCCGCUUUCCAAGCUGUCAACCUUUUGUUUCCAUCCGGAAUUUUAGGAGGUACACUGAUGACAUGUUGUGUCACCAAUUAGCCCGUACUUUUAUGGUAAAAGUGCCAUCGGUGUAACGGUGUAGUCACACGCCUCCCUUAGGCCUGCUUGUUUUGCGAUACUCACAAACAGGACUGUCAGUUUGAUGUUAAACAGUAUUAUUAGGAGUGGAAGUGAGAGGAUGGAACACAAGUUGGAUUCAAGGAGUAAAACUUGCACUUCGUUUUCAUGAGGAGGGGUGCUAAAUAAACAUCCAAGUCUGUGAGAUACUGUAACACUUUUAAAAGCACUGCAUAGAUGUUGGCUCUUCUUAAAUCAAAGCUUUGGGUUUAGUUCUGAACCACUAUAAUUUAAAGCGUAUAGGUGAGUCAUGUUCUGUUACUCGAACAUUAGAAUAUUUUUUUUUUUAAAUUUUUCUGCUUGACAGUUAGUGUGUGCGCUCAAAGGCAUCAAUGUAGCUGUAGAAAUUAGACUUUUAACAUGCUCUUUACACAAAAUACUGCAGGAUUGUAUCACAUCACUAAUUCAAAGGGACUGUGAAGUGUUGGGCAUGAAUAGGGCCAGUAUUUUAAACUAUAGCAAAGUAUACUGGUUUGGGAACUGGUUAAAAUAUUUUGAGCUAGGAAUGACUAUUUUCUGACUUUGUUUUUAUGUAAUUAUACUUAUUGUUAAUUUAUUCUUAUUUAUGUAUUUAUUUGGCCAUGUCUGUAUGUACAUAUGAAUACACAUCUAAAUGUUCUUUUGAGUGGGCUUCUGUUUAUCUAGUUGCCUGAAGACUGUUCUGUAAUUCUGGUUCUCUCAGCUGAAAUAUACUCUUGCUCUCUCCUGCUA